UAGCCCCUGCAGUGAAAAUCUGCGACAAACUUGUCAGAGUGUCUUCCCCUCCGUCUACCAUGGUGGUUACUCAUCCUCCAGAAGGGCAGGAUGGACCUCCCAGCCCCUUGAGUGAAGCUUCGAGUGGCUACUUUUCUCACAGCGUCUCCACUGCCACCCUGUCAGAAACGCUCACCCUAGGCCUGGACACCUCAGGCCUUGGUGGCCAGACACCUGGGUCCCCCCCUGCCUUGUGUCAGGUCACCCCAGAGCCCGAGCUGGCUUUCCUUUCCUGCACACAGAGCCAUCCACCUGCCCAGGAGGAGCCCCAGGUACCACUUGCCACACCUGCUCAAAGCACAGAGCUGGAGGUUCCCAGACCACCGCUUCUUUCUGAAUCCACAUCUGCUGUGCCCACAUCCCCAUUCAGAAUCCGGAAAGUGCGGACCUCAGAGCUUAAGUCCUUCACGGGUAUGCUGGGGGGUGCCUCCUGCGGAGCUGGGGAGGACCCACUGGCCUCAGAAGAGCCCAGCAAUGCUAGGGGACAGGCCCUGGGAAGGCUGGAGGUAACAUCUGACUCUGAGGAGGCCAGUGAAGUCCCUGACUGGCUCAGAGAGGGAGAGUAUGUUCUUGUGGGAACCAACAAGACGGGCAUUGUGAGGUACAUUGGACCAACAGACUUCCAGGAGGGAACAUGGAUCGGUGUGGAGCUGGACCUGCCUUCAGGAAAGAAUGAUGGCUCCAUUGGCGGGAAGCAGUAUUUCAGGUGCAACCCUGGCUAUGGGCUACUGGUGAGGCCAAGCCGGGUCCGCAGGGCUGCAGGCACUGGGCGCAGGCGCAGUUCAGGGCUCCAGCCUCAGGGAGCCCCAGAGGCCCGCAGGAGUGCUACUAUCUCGGGCUCUGCCACCAACUUGGCUUCACUGACAGCUGCACUGGCCAAAGGUGACAGGAGCCACAAGAACCCUGAGAACCGGAAGUCCUGGGCCAGCUGAAUUGUACCUCCCUGGUGGACACUGCUGGGAAGGGGAGACCUGGUUCCUCCCUGGAGGACACCAGUCCAUGGGGGUAGGUCCAUGAAUGCUUUUUGCACGAUGCAGGGAUGGUGGACAGCCUGGUUUCCUGUCCUCUCUGGCAAUCUGGAAGCUGCAUUUCUUCCUCUACUUGGUAAUGGCAGAGGCCUCUCAGCUGUGCUCCUCUGAUUGGGGGUGAACAGUUGCAGGAGCGCAGAGACUCAUGGGAUGGUAGCUGGGUGGCAGGGCUGGAGCCAGGCUAGCUCCUCACUGCCUGCUUGAAAUGAGGGCAGGUGUUCUCAACCAGGUUUGUUGGGCUCCCCUUUCCUUAUUCUGCUGACUUUACUAAUGUCUUAAUUUAAACAAUGAUCCUAACUAGUAUCUUCACCCUCACACACAGAUUCCUUCUCUCGCCUGGGGCCAGCAUCCGUGCCACCCUUUACCUGUACCAGUCACUUCAUCAAUCCUCUAACCCAUGCCCCCCCCUUCUGAGUGGCACAUAGCGUUUCUGGGAGGCAUCUUUGUGGGUGUCCCAGUGUCCUUACACCCAGUAAAUAUUUUCUGUCAGCCAUUCAUUUCCUAACAGGAUGCUUGAACUAUAUUUAUUUAAUUUAUUUUUCAAAAGCUGAAAUAACUAGCAAACAACAAUGCCUGUCUGUCCCAGCACGCUGCCUGGGGCUUGCCUUGAGCUCACUGGCCUCUGGCUGGCUGGAGCUGCAGCCUCUUUCUUAGAUUGUGGUUGCUGGAGGUGGUGGCCAGCAAAUGAAGCCACCCCUGCAUUGCUUGAUUGCAGACACACUACGGCCUUACUGACACUGGGGGGAAGGCAGUCCCCAGGGCUUAACAUAGCUCAAGCCAUUAAUAACCUUGUCUGGACCUGCCACAUUUCAGGGCACUGGAG